AAUUAUUGGGAUUUUGUGCAGGCAUCGCGAACUUUUUCCUCCUUCGCACAUCACGAAGUUCGCGCUCAACGCAAAGCAAACCGCCUCAUUCCCUCUUUCCUCACGCGCAACUAUAUCUCAAGAUGGCGCCCGCGAACCUCCCCGCCUGCAUGCAGGCCACCUCCCAGGACAUUGAGACGCUCCUGGCUGCCCAGAGCCACCUCGGUUCCAAGAACUUGCAGGUUCACAUGGAGCCUUACCUGUGGAAGACCCGUGCUGAUGGUGUCAACGUCAUCAACAUUGGCAAGACCUGGGAGAAGAUCGUUCUCGCUGCUCGUAUCAUCGCCGCUGUCGACAACCCCGCCGACAUUUGCGUUAUCUCCGCUCGUCCCUAUGGUCAGCGUGCUGUCCUCAAGUUCGCUGCUCACACUGGUGCUGUUGCCAUUGCCGGUCGUUUCACCCCCGGUUCUUUCACCAACUACAUCACCCGAUCUUUCAAGGAGCCCCGUCUCAUUGUCGUCACCGACCCCCGCACCGACGCCCAGGCCAUCAAGGAGGCUUCCUACGUCAACAUCCCCGUCAUUGCCCUUUGCGACACUGACUCACCCACCGAGUACGUCGAUGUUGCCAUUCCUACCAACAACAAGGGUCGCCACGCCAUCGGCUGUGUCUGGUGGAUGCUCGCCCGUGAGGUCCUCCGUAUCCGUGGCACCAUCGCCAGCCGUGAAGUUCCUUGGGACGUCAUGGUCGAUCUCUACUUCUACCGUGACCCUGAAGCCGAGGCCGAGGAGAAGGUUGAGGAGGAGAAGCUUCCCAGCGCUGAGGAGGUUGGUCCUGCUGCCAUCGAGGCUGGUACCUUCACUGGUACUGGUGGUGACUGGGAGGCUGCUCCUGCUGGCUUCUCUGCUGCUCAGGGUAACUGGGAUGGUACCGAUGAGUGGGCUGGUGCUGUUGCUGGUAACACUGCUGCUGCUGCUGCUCCCACCGGCGAAUGGGGUGCCACGGAUGCCAAGGAGAGCCAGUGGUAGGAAUUUGGCUCAUCCCGUCCUGAAGAAGCUAAUCAAAAUGCUGGUCACUCCCCGGUUGAGGCGGCACCACAACAGCCGCAACCAAGUGAAGAGUUGAAUUCACAAGAACAAAAGAUGGGUGAAUGGGGCGAAUGGGACUCAAGUGCCAACUACGUUCAAUCGAGUGUGGCGGAGUGGUAACUGCUUACUUGCAGAUACAAUACGAACCAAAAUUCAGUUUAGCCUGGGGUACGGGUCAACUUGAACGUACUAAUGAGGGAAAGAUACCAAAAUUAGUUGAUGAGUCGAUUAGAUUUGUUGCUUCCGUGGGUGACUCUCUUGUUGGCUUUGUUUUCAGCUGAGGAUGGGGAAUGCCCUGUACGGUCAAAGGGGUGGACUUGAUCGUUAUCCCGCCCAUGCUCCUAGGUAGCAGAAAAAAAUGAACCAUUGUCUUUGUGACCUACUCAGUAUUGGCACAGA